AUGCCGUUUACACCAGUUCGAACCACCAACGUUCCUUCAAUAAAAAACGCGCCGCUCGUAGGCUUAGCAGAAGGUAAUGGCUACUUCUCGAAUCUACAGCUCGCUGGGCUCGUCCUCGUUGUUCCAUGGGUCAUCAAACGCAUCCUCCCCUUUGUAAACCGUGGUGGUCUCAAGACCUACAUCUUCCUCCUCCUCAUCACCGGAAUCCCCGUCACAGUGGCAUACUGGACAGUAGCCAGCAUGUACGGUCGUCGUAAGAACGUCAAGGUCCUUUUGCCCGGCAAAGACCUUGAGGAAUACAUCACCAUCAAUGACCCAGAGCUCAAGGAAAAAUACCACGGCAGCACCAAGAUCCCAAUGCAGGUCUUCCACGACGCGUACUUUGAAGGGAAGAUUGAAUUCAACGGCGACGUGUUGGACAUCCUCGAAGAACGCCACGACUGGGCAAAAAUGGUCAUGACUCCGGAACUCUUCAAAUACGUCUUCAUGAACCUCAUCCCCGAGGUCAUCGUUCACUCCCAAUCCCAAGACGAAGAACAGGUUCGCGACCACUAUGACCGAGGCGAUGACUUUUACGAAUGGUUCCUUGGUCCACGCAUGAUCUACACCUCCGGUGUCAUCACUGACGCUGACAAAAACGCUUCUCUCGAAGAACUCCAGGACAACAAACUUCGUCUCGUCUGCUCCAAACUGGACCUCAAACCGGAAGACCGUCUCCUCGACGUCGGCUGCGGCUGGGGAACCCUUGCCACUUACGCAGCCAAAAACUAUGGAUGCGACGUCACCGGUAUCACCCUCGGAAAAAACCAAACCAAGUUCGGCAACGAGCGCAUCAAGACCAACGGCGUUACUCCUGACAAGGCUCGCAUCCUAUGCAUGGACUACAGGGAUAUUCCAGGUGGUCCCGGUCACUUCACCAAGAUCGUCAGUCUCGAGAUGGCUGAGCACGUUGGAAUUAGGCGAUACGGUGCAUUCAUGCGUCAAAUGUAUGACCUCCUUGACGACGACGGCAUCUUCGUCCUGCAAGUCGCCGGAUUCCGUCCCUCAUGGCAAUACGAGGAUCUCAUUUGGGGUCUCUUCAUGAACAAAUACGUCUUCCCCGGUGCCGACGCCUCCUGCUCUCUCGGCUGGGUAGUCAACCAAGUCGAAGCCGCUGGUUUUGAAGUCAAGAACAUCGACGUCCUUGGCGUCCAUUAUAGCGCUACUAUCUGGAGGUGGUACUUGAACUGGGUCAACAACCGCCAGAAGGUUGAAGAGAAGUACGGAGAGCGCUGGUACCGCGUCUGGGUGUUCUUCCUCGCCUACAGCACCAUCAUCUCGCGUCAAGGCAGCGCUAGUGUGUUCCAGCUUACGCUGCACAAGAACCUCAACGCGUAUCACCGUGUUUCGGGCGUGGAGAACCACUGGAGUCUCCAUGUGCGCGAUGGGAGGGAGGUUAGCCUGGUCGAGUGA